AUGUGUCUCCCAGCCACUGCCACUGGGCACAGGAGUCUUUCUCAUUUCGCCCAGCUCAUCAUCGUAGCAUGUCUUUGCACCUCGUUCAUCAACGCUAGCCCACUACCAGUGGGGACAGCGCCAUUAGCACUAAUCCAAAGCUCUCAUCCUCAGCCCGUCUCCCGCUUGUCCAAAAGGAUGUACAGCAUGUUGGCUGUUGCAACGGGGGCCAAAGCUGGCACCACAGUCCAUGAUGUGGUCGUCGGCGCUGAAACAGCAAAGGACUGUGCCUUCCUCUUGCAAUCACUCCAACACUGCUCUACCUUGACAGGUCUCCAAUCGACCGUUAGCGGCGUUGAAACAGCCAAGGCUGCCUCAGUAAUCCCGGACGUGGCCGAUUUAUCCAAACUAGGAAACGCGCAGACCCUAUCAAGUAGUAAGAAAUUUUCCCUGAUCUUUUUUAUCGAGCCCGAUCGAGAAGAGGCACUCGCAUCCGACUCCAAAGAUGUGGUGGAUCUAGGCUCAGAUGUGGCUUCAUCAGGCAACAGUCUGGACAAGUCACAAAAAGCUAUCAAGCCGAAGACCAACAAGAAUCUCGUUCAAGAAGACACAGGCAAGACAGUUGCAUCUACAGACGGCAAGGGAGCUUCCACCCCCGCCACCGUGGAGAAGACCCCAGAUCAAACGAACUUGAAGGAUGACAUUGAUGAGGAUGUCUUCCACGACGCAACACACUUGGAUGGUGAAGUUCCAACCGGGACCACAUCAGAGAAGAUCGGCUCCCAAGCCGGUUUGGUAAAGAGCGAUGAGAAGGUUGUAACCGCCGAUUCGGCCGGAAAAUCAGCCCUCGCUAGUCAACCAAAGAACUCCGCUUCCGCCGAUGGUUCCGUCGCGGAAGGCCAAUUCGCCCCAACGGUGGGUGAAUUCACCCAAAAAACAGCGAACGCCGAUCAACAGCCACUUGUUACCGAACCCACCUACCUAACAAGACUGAAAAAUGCUAUCACUGGAGCUCCAGACGCUAUCCAGAGGAUCUUCAGGGGUAUCCUAUCCAAACCGAUCAAAGCACCGCCCACACUCGGCGAGACACUCGACAAGCCCAAAACAGUGGGCACUAAUGUGGCCACGGAAGCCUCCCAAGUCAAAAAUGAACCCGCGAAGUUGACACCAGACGCUUCCCCACCAGCAACCCCUAAGAAAGUUCAAUUUAAAACUGGCCCCACAGACAGAAAAUCUGUCACCAACCCUACGGAAGCCGCCUCGGCUGACGCCGUGAAGUUACAAGACCCUCCCCGUUCAGCAAUCAAGAAAAGUGGACCCGCGAACUCCGCUGACAAAGUGCCUGACAACACUAAGACCGAACCCGUGGACUCCGCCAAGAAAGUGCCUGACAACUCUAAGACCGAACCCGUGAACUCCGCCGACAAAGUGCCUGACAACCCUCAGACCGGGCCACAGUCGAAUCCUCGUACCACCUCCAACCCAACAGACGCGAAAGUGGCCCCGAAAGCCUCGGGCGGAGCUACCAACCCAGAGACAGUCGCUACUAAGCCCGGCAAAUUGGCAGCACUCCGCCAGCAAUUUUCAAGCAUUCCAUUUCCAAAAUUCCAAAAAGUCUUGAACAUUUUCAGUAAAAAAGCAACGUCGGUCGACGAGUUGGCAAAACCUAUCGGCCCCAAAACAGCCGAAGAGACCCAGACUUGGUUCCAAAAAAUGAAGACAUCCGCCGGCAAUUUCAAACUCAAUCCCUUCUCAGCAAAACAGACUCCGGAAGCGGUCCUGAAACCCUCUCCUCCCCCCCAAGGAGACCCAGUGAAGACAACAAUAAAUCGCCCUACAAGCGUCGCGGAGAAUUCUAAACCCACAGUUCCCAAAGAAACGGCAAACCCUCCCACCACCAAGUCGGGUAAAGGUGACGUACCCCCGCCCAACACCGUACAGUCGGCUGAAUCUCGUCCUCCAAAGAUCCAGAAGGAAGAGGCGCCCCGUGAUGCACCCACCACAGAGCAAACGGCAAACCCUACCGCCACCACAGCGGCUACUCAAGCGGCCUCGGACGCUUCCCACGUCAAACCCGAUUCCUUAGGACGUCCUUCAAUAUCCCAGAGGUUUAAAUCACUCCUUUCAGACAUGCGGAACUUUUUCAAGAAGCGCUUCGCCGACCCCUUGAAGACAUUCUGGAGGCAAAUCACCAAAAUCCGCAGAGCAGGAAUUAACAAGGUCCGCCCAGAAGUAGGCCCACAAGCGGCCAAACCCGCAGCAUGA